AAUGCUUUGAUCUGUACAACUGGUUAUUACAGAGAGGGGCAUCUGACACUUAAAACUGCUUUGUUAGAUUCAAAUGUGGGGCAUGCAUGUGUGUGGUUGAUGUUGCAGGGAGAAUUUAUGGCUCUUCCCAUAUCUGGUUAUUAGUAAGCUCAUCUGCAAAGCAGGAACGAUCUCAGGCAAAGCUGUUAGCUGAGUGUGCGGGCCGGGAAACUGGCAGGGUUCUCCCUAUGUGUCAUUGGCUAAUCAGCCCUAGAAAUGAGUUCGCUGCUUGAGAGAUCCGUUUCAGAGGCUGUCCCCAAGAGGGGCGCGGGAGAGCAAACGAUGGGGUUUCUAGGUGGCAUUACAUGGGCUCAGAAUUAAUCCACACGCUUUGGAGGAAACAUGUGAGAUGAUGUCACAAAACUUUCCCACAACUUGACAUAAAAGACUCAGAGCUCAACAGCUGCUGUUCUGUACAAAAGAAGUGAGCCUAUUCAAGGGCAGUACAAUGGGGAAGGAAAAGCAGAUCCUGGAAGAGGUCACUUAAGCCUUACCUGGUUUUAAGAAUAACUGAAUUAGAGACAGAUGACUCUGUGUGUGUGUGUGUGUGUGUGUGUGUGUUCACUUUCAUAUACAUUACACACACUUUUAUACCACAUUCCGUGGCAGGAUCCCCAAACUCUUAACAAAUAUAAACUGAGCCGCAUAAGAAUAGUGAGAGAAGGGAAUGUUAUAAUCCCCUUGUCACAGAUGGGAACACUGAGGCACGGAGAAGUGAAGUGACCUGAUUAAGUUCACACAGUGAAUCUGGAACAAAUUUGGGAACAGAACCCCAUGCUUCAGCAGCCUGGCUCCAUGCUUUAACUCUACCCUUGUAAUGUAACUAAUUGGAAUGGAAGACGUGUACUAAACAUACAGAUGGUGCAGAAAUCAGUCUGCUUCCAUUUGAUACUCAGCUUAUCUUUGUAUGAGUUAAUUUAAUGCUCAGAAAAGUGACUGAGGACUCCUUGUUAUUCAAGCAGGCAGAGUGUAGGUCAGGUGUAGUGCAAUUUAUUAUUUAUUAUUAUUAUUAUAUAUUUUAUUUAUUGGAAACACACAGCUCUAAGAAUACAUCUUAAUAUCCUAAACAGCAGCAUCUCUUGCUAGUGCAGUCCUGGGUCUCUCUAGAGCAGAAACUGCCAGUAAAAUCAAAUCCUAGUAUGGACUGUAGCCUAGAGAAGGAGAAAGGGAGUCAGGACUCCUGGGUUCUAUUUCCAGUUGUGUUUCUGACUUGCUGCAUGACUUUGCUCUGUGCCUCAGUUUCGCCAUUGGUAAAAUGAGGAUAAUCCCACUAAAACCUGCCUCAUGGUGGGGAUGGAGGGGAGUGGGUUGUGAGGCGAAAUUAAUGUUCAUUAUAUGUUUUGAUUUCUGUGGAUGAAGGUAAUGCAUAAGUGCAAAAGUAUUACAGAUAUUCAGCACCCACUAAGAUUUCCCUCCUUUCACCUCUGGAUUCUCUCUCAUAUUUAAGAACAGAGAAAUGAAGUAUUAUUGUGACUAUUUUUCCCAUAUGGGGAAAUUGAGAUGAUGAGAAGGGAAGUGCCUAAGGUCACCCAGGACGUCUGAGAACAGAACUCAAAUCUACUUCCUCCCAGUCCUCUGCUUAACCACGAGACUGUCUUUUGUAUAAAUAAGUAAAUAACAACACUCUGUAUAGAUGUGUGUACCCACAAUGAAGUGCAUUGUUUAUCCUUAGCCAGACCAUGGAGUCCACACUGUUUUGAGUCAGGCGACACUCACACUGAUGACAGCUGAGGAGGAACUUCAGAAUCUGGCUCAUUGUUAUUAAAACAAACCCACAAAAAACAACAACCCUGGUUUUGAAAUUAGCAAAAUAAAGUCUAUAGUUUAUUUUCAGCCACUAGUGAACCCAGCGAUCUCCGAGCAAGCGUGCUGCUUGCCUUCAUCGGUGUGUCCGUGUGUGUUCGCGCCCAAAGUGUGUGCCUGGGUGUGUAUGUUUUCAAAAAAAGAUACAAUCCCAUCUUUUCCUCUGCACAGAUUAGCUUCUUUCCCGCCAUCAGCAACUGGCCCCCGCAUUCACCAUUGUAUGUGAACUGAAUAUUGUGUGUGCCCGGAAAGCUAUUGAUCUGCAGCAUCAGUCAGCAGCCUUUUCUCACUGAGGGCCAGCUCUUUCCCAGCUUCUAACAUGUAAUUUGGAUCCCAAUCUUUCACGUACCACACACUCUCCACCUGCUCAUCUGGGAGAAGGUCAUUAUCCCCCAGCUAUUCACUGGCAAUGGAGCGUGCAAGAAUAGAUGCUUCAUCUAUUGUCCUGCUUAUCUCUGAUUGGCUCUGGAGUGUGGGAAACUCAACCAAGUCAGAGACCCACAGAUUCUCAACAAGGUUGUGCAGUAUAAAUAUAGGGCAGAGUCAGCUUCCAGCAGCACUUCCACAGGACUUCAGCACAACUGAGAUCUGCCUCCUUAGCUCGGGACAGAUGGCCCCCAGCACUGUUUUCAUGGAGCACAACAACCUGCUGACACCAAAAGAGAAAAACAAACUGAGGAAGCCGGUGGUGGAGAAAAUGCGCCGGGACCGGAUUAACAGCAGCAUUGAGCAGCUGAAACUCCUGCUGGAGAAGGAGUUCCAGAGACACCAGCCAAACUCUAAGCUGGAGAAAGCCGACAUCCUGGAGAUGACUGUUAGCUACCUGAAACAGCAGAGCCAGCUGCAGAUAAAGACUGCAGGAUCCAUCCAUAAAAACUCUCAGUUCGACUUCAAGGAAGGCUACUCCAGGUGCCUGCAGGAGGCUUUCCAUUUUCUGUCUCUCCAUAAAGUCCAAACAGAAACGCAGAGCAAGCUCUUGAGUCAUUUCCAGAAGAGCCAGUUGGCUGCGCCAGAGGUCAUCUGCUCCUCUUCCAGCCAGAACACCCCAAAGCAAGCAUCCCUGAAGAACGUCAAUGCUCUCUGGAGACCCUGGUAGACUGCGGGAGGGGGGACAGGAAACGCUUGCUUUAUGGACCUUUGUCUUUUAUAUUCCAGAGGAUGGCUGUGACUGCAGCUGAUAGUCACACCCUGAUCCUCUCUAUGUAGGGAAUAUUAUUUCCCGUUUUAUUUGUGUGUGGAAAGAAUGGGAUACUUUUGAUUCUUCAGUUUCAUGUGGGAUCCUCUGGAAAAGGUUCAGGUAUUCUGUUGAGUGGUAUUUAAGCUGUGCAGACACUGGUGAUAGCAAUGUACACCAGGGCACCCAGUCUAGAGGCGCGUGCCUUCAUAAUGAAGGAGGUUUUUGUAGGUGGCUAAAUGUUAUCAGUGUUACAGUUAUGUUAAGAUUGUAACAGAUAACGGUGUUGGUAGGAGAGAAUUCUCUAAUUUUGCUUGUAAAAGCUGUCAGCUUUGCUCCCACUUUCCUAGCAACCUUUGCUCACUCUGAAUUUAGGACGAAUUUAGUACCUCACUGUUGGUGGACCGUUUUACAAGUUCUCUUGCCCUGUUUGCUUGCAGCUCUUGCAUAGCAGCAACGAUAGAUUCCUAGCUUCUGUUCACCCAUCACACUGUAGGGCUAGCAAGAGGUCACUAGAUAAAACGAUGGGGAAUAUUUCUACCAUUUUGCUGCUUUUUCUGUUUAGGAAAAUAAUAUUUUAAUGCUUUAUAUUAAAGACAAAAGAAAGUAGAUGCAAGGUUUGGUGGUUCAAUGUUAUACAUUUGGGCUGUCAGCCUGGCUCUUUCUAGCACGUUCAUUAUUAUAAUGAUUGUUCUCUGUACUGAGCGGUUUCAUUCAUUGUGGAUGGUAAGUUUCUCCCAUGCCUGGGAAUGGCCCUGUGGGCUCUGUGCAUACUAUGUAUGCAUCUGUAUCACAUGUUUGUAGAGAGAAAUAAAAAUGCAUUUGUGUGCAACUGCUGGCUAGGUUUCCUUCUUGUCAGCUAUGUGCAGCUGCACGGACCAUUGAAACACUCUUUGCUAAUUUAACAACACCACAGUAAUUGCUAGAGGAGACUUUUCAGACCAAAGGAGCUUGUGUUCCUGCCUAUCCUAGGCACUGACAUGGCCUCCAUCACUACAAUAGCUGAGCACCUCACUGCCUGUAACAUACUUAUCUGCACGACACCCCUGGGAGGUAGGGCAGUGCUAUGAUCCCCAUUUGUCUCCAAGUCCUUUAUUUUACUAACUGUCUUGCCCAAGGUCACACAGGAAGUCUGUGGCAGAGCGGAGAAUUCAACUCCCCAUUCUCAAGCCCCAGGUUUGACCCUUAACCACUGUCCCAUCCUUCCUAGACCAUGCAUAGUUUCUACAGAGAUGAAAGCAAAGGUUAGACACCUCUGGCCCACUCAGCCUCCCUUAAGCUCUUUUGCUACCACACCACUGCCCCAGGAAGCACAGGCAUCUGCAUUGGCAAGCGGCUCCUGCCAUUCUGGGCUCUCUUAAA